UCGCCGCGGCGGCUUCGGCGGUCGCCGUGGCGGCUUCGGUCCGCCGCCGCUACGGCCGCGACCUGACGGCGGUCGCUUCGCCGGCGCCGGCGCCGCUGGACCAGGAGGAGCAGGUGGAGGCGCUCCAGAUGGACGCCUUCUUCCAGGCGGUGCGUCUGGGCGACGCCGACGGCUGUGGCAUGCGGCUCGUCUGCGAGCUACGCACACUCGACCCGCGCUUCCUCGGCGAGGAGGGCAACAUGAUCCUGGCGCUCUUCGGGUCUGACGUGCCGUCCUCGGGCCGGGCCGACUCCCCGAAGCGUCUGUACGACGCCGCCGCCGAGCUUGGCAGCAGCACCGGCACCGCCGAGGUGUGCGCCCAGACCUUCACCGCCUGCGAGUACGACUCGGAGACGCUGCUGGAGGCCAUCACCAGCCCGGAGGAGCAGUGAGCCGGCGCCGGACGAUUCCCGGCGUCCUCUCUGUCCGCGGUGGGCGUCCCCACGCGCCGGACCGGCGGAGCACGUCCGGGAAGGAUGUGCCGCUCCCGUCCGGCGAGGCGCCGGCUCGCCCAUCGGUGCGACGAGCGAAGCCGUGCUGCGCGUUGGUGACGACGUGACUCUGGCUGGUUUGAUUCCUUGCAGGUUCCGUGGCAUUAAUGGGGCAAUGAGCGGUCGAGGGCGUUUCCAUCUGCCCAUGAUACCUGUCAUGAUGAUGUGAGCCUUGUCUUCAUAACAUUCUCAUCCACGUCCAUCCAUGUUGCCUCGUUGCAACAUGGACCAAUAAACCAGAAACGCAACAA